AUGGAUAUUCAAAGCUUAGUUAACAAUGUAAAAAGUGUAGCAUUGAAUAUUGGAGAGAAAUUGACACCAGUUCUUCGAGAAAGCAAAUUUCGGUAAGUUUUUUUUUAUUUUGGAAAUUUAAGGGACCAUACUAAUUAUGACGGUGGAGUUAGAAAUUUUCUGAUUCCUUGAGUAGUUUCAAAGUUCUUAAAUUUUCAGCAGGUUUAGGACGAAAAAUCGAUUUUUAGAUAUAACUUUGAUAAUAUUUCAUAAUCUUGUAGGUUCCUUAUUUUUCAAUUAAAAAAUACAUAUCAGUUGAAAACAAUAAACAUAUUUUUCCAGGGAGACAGGAGUUUUGACUCCAGAAGAAUAUGUGAUAGCUGGUGAUCAUUUAGUGCAUCAUUGUCCAACAUGGAAAUGGGCUCCAGCUUCAGAUCCAUCUAAGAUUCGAACCUAUUUACCUCUAGAUAAACAAUAUCUAAUCACACGAAAUGUUCCUUGCCAUAAACGAUGUAAACAAAUGGAAUAUGACGAAAAUCUCGAGAAAAUCAUCAAUGAAUCUGGAGAUUCGGAUGAAUUUCAAAAAAUUGAAGAAGAAGAUGAUUCUGGAUGGGUUGAUACACAUCAUUAUGAAAAACCGAAAGAAGAACAAAUUAUUGAUUUGGAUGAUGCGACAAAUCUCAAAGUUCACGAUGAAAUCGAUGAAAACGAAGAAGCGAUUGAUCUUGAUGAUUUGAUGGAAAAUUUAGAAGAGGAUGGCGAUCCAAAUCGGUUUAUUGCACAACCGGGAACAACUAAUCUUUUUGCUCAUGGUGAAAUUGAACAUCCAAGAACUUAUGAUUUACAUAUUUGUUAUGACAAAUAUUAUCAAGUUCCACGAGUUUAUUUGAUGGGUUAUGAUGAGAAUCGAAAACCUUUGAGCAUCGAACAAACAUACGAAGAUUUUUCAGCGGUAAGAAAUUAUUUAGUUAGAAAAGAAGGUGGCUAACUGUAAUCCAGAAAUCAUCGUUCUGCUGAUUAUUGAUUUUUUGUCUAAUUUUUCAAAAUUUCCAGGAUCACGCGAACAAAACAAUAACCGUCGAAACUCACACAUCUUUGGAUUGUGAUAUGCCAACAGUUCAUCCAUGUAAACACGCUGAAAUGAUGAAACGACUCAUCACUCAAUAUUCGGAAAAUGGAAAAGAUCUCGGUGUCCACGAGUAUUUGCUUUUGUUCUUGAAAUUUGUCCAGGCAGUCAUUCCAACAAUCGAAUACGAUUACACACGUGCUAUUCAACUUUGA